AUGGGAGGAGGGGCAGGAAUAUCCAUGCACAUGAGGUUCAGGGCUGUCACUGAAAAAACUGUAUUUGCAAUGCCAGAGGCAUUUAUAGGAUAUUUUCCAGAUGUAGGAGCCAGUUACUUCCUUUCUAGACUUCCUGGCUAUUUUGGGGAAUAUCUAGGGUUGAGUGGAGCACGUUUGAAUGGAGCAGAAAUAGCAGCAUGUGGUUUAGCCACACACUUUGUGCCUUCAACAGAGCUAAAGUCAUUGGAAAAUGCUUUACAAGUUGUUAAUUCUCCAAAUGUUUCAACAAUCACUGCACUGUUACAAAAGUUCACUGACAAACCAGAUGUGAAAGAAGACAGUCCUUUUAGGAGAUUAGAAACUAUAAACAAAUGCUUCUCGAAAGGGACUGUGGAAGAAAUAAUUCAAUCCUUGGAACGUGAAUUACAAAAUGGAGCUGAAGAAUGGAUAAGAAAUGCAUUAAGCUACAUGCAUACGUCUUCUCCUACUUGUCUCAAGAUAUUUUUAAAAUCAAUCAGGAAAGGAAGGGUAGAAAACAUUGAUCAAUGCCUUUAUAGAGAUUAUAACAUUGCCUGCCACUUGGCAAGAAGAAGUUUUGGCAAUGAUUUAUAUGAGGUCAUGUCAACUGGUUCAAGGAAUGUUAAGAUGGUAUCAGAGCUCUUCUUUUGA